AUGCUUGUUAAUGGUGGAUCUGAAAGAAAAUCUUGCUUCUGGAAACUCAUUAGACACUUAGACAGAGUGGAUUCUAUAUUGCUUACACAUAUUGGAGAUGACAACCUACCAGGUAUUAACAGUAUGCUUCAAAGAAAGAUGGCCGAACUGGAAGAGGAACAGUCUCAGGGGUCAACAACUAACAGUGACUGGAUGAAAAACCUAAUCUCUCCAGACCUUGGGGUUGUGUUUCUCAAUGUACCAGACAAUUUGAAAAACCCAGAACCAAAUUUUAAAGUUAGAAGAAGCAUAGAGGAAGCGUGCUCUACUCUUCAGUACUUAAAUAAACUCUCCAUGAGGCCAGAACCUCUAUUCCGAAAUGUUGGAAACACUAUUGAACCCAUUAUUUUAUUUCAGAAAAUGGGUGUAGGAAAACUUGAGAUGUAUGUGCUGAACCCACUAAAAGUUAGUAAAGAAACUCAGUAUUUCAUGCAGCAGUGGUCAGGUAGCAAUAAAGAUAAAGCUGGCCUAGUGCUUCCUAAUGGUCAGGAAGUUGAGAUCCCAGUUAAUUACUUAACAUCAAUUUCUUCCCUUAUCGUAUGGCAUCCAUCAAAUCCUUCAGAAAAAAUAGUUAGAGUUUUGUUUCCAGGAAAUACAACUCAAUACCAGAUACUUGAAGGACUUGAAAAGCUUAAACAUCUAGACUUCCUGAAACAGCCUGUGAUAACACAGAAGGAUCUAAGUGACCAUAUAUCAAGCCCUGCUGUAAAACAGGCAAAGGUUAAACAGAGAGCAGAAAGCAAGGAGAGCUUAAAAACGUCCUCAAAAGCAACAUCCAGUAAACCGAACAAAAAAGAAUCUAAAGAAGAGCCAGCUGAUGUAGUCAAAAGCCAAAAUGAUCAAUCAGAAAAAGCUUUAGUGAAAAAGGCUCAGAAAACUGAGGCAAAGCCCUCUACAGAGAAAAAUGCUGUGAACAAAGAAGAAUCAAUAAUUAAGGCAGAGGUGGCAGAGAAACAGAAAACAGAUGUGAAACCCAAAGCUGUUAAAGAAAAAGCAGUGAAAAAAGAAGUAAAAUCAAAACCCGAAGAAGUAAAAGAUGAUAAAGAAAAAAGUAAAGAAAGAAACCACAAAGAAAGAAGAAAAAUUGCUAGUUAA